UGACUGUUGUUUGACGUCCUAGUUUUUGACAUAUUUUUGCUUAUGUGGAAUGGAAUAAGGGGAAUAAGCAGAUCCAAGUGAAACUAUAAAUUAGUUACAUUUUCUUAAUCUUCUACUACGAAACUAGUGCAAUUGCGGUAAAAAAUGUCUUCGGAUUGGGAUGAGAUUAAGCGCCUAGCUGCCGAUUUUCAGAAAGCUCAACUGUCUACUAGUUUGCAAAGGCUGUCGGAACGUAACUGCAUCGAAGUGGUCAGCUUGCUCAUUUCAAAAGGUCUACUGGAGGUGAUUUUCACCACCGAUGGUAAAGAAUACCUGACCCAGGCUCACCUGAAGCAGGAAGUCAAAGAUGAAAUGUUCGUUUGUGGUGGUCGGGUUAACAUAGUGGAUCUGGCCAAAACUUUGAAUGUUGAUUUUGACAAGGUGCAGCGGAUAGCGGAGCAGAUCGUUAUGGAAGAUGCAAAAAUCAAACUAGUUCUCGGCCAAUUGUUAGAUGAUUUGUACAUUCAACGGGUAGCUUCGGAAAUCAACGAAAAACUAUCUCAGGCUGGGGAGAUAAAUGUGGCUGACUUGACGACACAAUAUGAUUUACCAGCAGAUUUUAUUUUAAAUCAUAUUAUUUUGAAAUAUCUAAACAAAAUAAUUAUGGGCAAGCAGGAUUCGUCGAAUGCCAAUAUAUUUUUCACACAGUCGUACAUUACUAGGAGUAAGGCAAAAAUCCGAGGAGCUUUGGCAGCAAUCACUAAACCGACUCCUGUAUCUGCUAUUCUUGCACAAAGUGGAAUACCAGACAGGUUGUUUAAUUUAUUAGUUAACGAGGUGGCAACCCAAGGUAGUGUAACAUCGCGAACUCCAGGCGCUCUGUACAUUCCGCGCAUUUACACUAAGACACAGGUUGAAUGGGUCCAAAGUUUCUACAGACAGAAUGGAUACCUGGAACAUGAUUCGGUUGCUGGGUUGGGUGUCAACGACGUGAAAAAUUUCAUUUCGAAUCAACUACCGAAUGAAAAAAUUAUCCAUUUGAAGAAAUGUAGUAUUGGAGACAAACUCAUCGACCAAGCAUCAGCUUCGCUGGACGAAUGUAUAGCGACCAAUGGUUAUUUGGAUAUUUCUACUGUGCUACCGUCAAUCAUGAGUGAUGAAGAUAUUGAGCAGCUUAUAGCCAUGAUCCUACCACCAGCGAAGCAAAAACAAACCUUGAUUUUUGGCAGCAUCAUUUUGACUAAUCAAUUUAUUGAUGAUAUAAUAAAACCGUGUUACGAUAUAGCAAAUGAAAAUGCCAGAAAAUCGGUAGACAGUGGAAGUUAUCAGCAGUACAUGGCUGAAAAGUUGAUGAAACAUCAGGAUGUUCCAAAUAAAGAAACGGUCGGCGAAAAUAAAACGGAUAAGCGAGAGGAUCGUAGAAAAAAAGCUGCUGGUGGAAAAGGUGGUGGUGGUACCCAAGGUCGUGAAACGAAGACUAAAUCGACUAAAAAGCAUGUCAGAGGUCAUCGCGGAAACAUUUCGGAUUCGGAUGAAGACACGCCCACCGGCAAUGCUUCUAAAAAAGGAGCAAAGGUCGUAACACUUGAGCUGAUAACAACGAAAGAUAUUGCUAAGAUUUUAGAAAUUGGGCUGGAGCCAGAGGGCUUGGAGGAUCUGUCGAAGCAACUGGCACAUUAUUAUCAUCCUCAAUUCACCCAACUCGCACUGGCCAAGGCUCAUGAGCUAUAUGAAAUAUCGUUACACCAAAAUAAUCAAAAUCGUCGUCAAACGCACGCUAAUCUGCAAGAUAAGCUUAACAAUCUAUACAACGAUAUUCGUCUAUAUGACAAAGGAAUUAAGCAAUUACCUAUGGAUGUCCAGCCUCAGCUGGUGAAAUAUUUGCUGAAAUCGUUUGGUACGGAGUUUUGCAAUGAAAUUUUCUUCUACGUGGCAGCUGAAUGUAAUCUCAAUAGCAAUGGUGCGACUCUUACAAUAGAACAGCGGACUAAAAUCGCUCAAGACUGCAACCAAGAAUACAAAGCUGCAUUGCAAGCUUUGAGUAAAGCCACAAGCGGCAGUUCCUCUAUCGACGAUUUCCUUGUAGUUGCGGAAAAUUCUCUUCAAGUGUGCAGUAUGAUAUUGAAGAAGAUUGACAAGAAGAAAGAUAGGAAUUUAAUUCUUUGUCACAAGCAUGGCUUGCUCGAGCAGUUGACGAGCUGUUCUGAUCCGGCGCUAGUUCUGCAUUUGGUCGUACUUAUUAUUUUCACAAUUUCUACCCAGAGCAUGCUACACGUUUCUGGACGACACGUAUCUGCCGUUCUAAGUUUUCUGCAGCCAUGCAUUAGUCCCGAUCAGGCCCAAACGCUGACCACUUAUCACGAUUUGGUACUGAAAUUACUAAGCGCUGAAAGUACUGCUGAAAACAACAAGUCCAACCUGGAUGCAAUUACGAAGCAGCUUGAAGAAUUGACACCAAUUGUCAAGGAUAUUGCGGUAAACUUCAAGAAAGUAGGUGUUACUAAUGCUGAGUGAUGAAUCCAAUACUAUACAAUAAAUUAAAAU